GGGGCGCGUGGGAGAGGAAGGUCGCGAGGAGGGCCUCUUGCUGCUCAGGAAAUGUCUUCCCUUUCAGAAUAUGCCUUGCGCAUGACUCGUCUGAGCGCCCGGCUGUUCGGUGAAAUUGCCAGGCCUACUGACUCCAAAUCAAUGAAAGUGGUGAAACUGUUUAGUGAGCAGCCUUUGGCCAAGAGGAAGGAGACUUAUGACUGGUAUCCAAAUCACAACACUUAUUUUGCACUCAUGGGGACACUACGUUUCCUUGGCCUCUAUAGAGAUGAGCAUCAGGACUUCAAGGAUGAGCAGCUGCGUCUCAAGAAGCUUCGUGGCAAAGGAAAACCUAGGAAAGGAGAAGGGAAAAGAGCCACAAAAAAGAAAUAGUGCUGGUCCAUCAGAAGAGAAAAGUUCUUCCUCAGCAGCUGACCACAGAAGAAGGUGUAUUUAUCUUUCUACUUGCUGGAGGAGUGUGAGCUUCUGAGACUGAAGAGUAUUUGGAGGAACAUGAUCAUUUCUGUGUUGAAGUCCAAUUCAGUCGAGUUGUAACUGGUUCCUUGGACACUUUCUAAUUCUGCAAAGUUACUCUGGCUUUGGUUUUAUACUGUGAGGUUUACCUCUUUCUCUGGAGAAAUGAAUGCAUAGGUGGUUGAAGACAGACUCCUUUGGGGUGGGAAUGGAAGGUUGGGAUCAUGGGAGGAGACUCAUUAAAUGAGCAUCGUUUCAUCUCCCCAGGAUCCCAUUACACCAGCCCUUACCUCUGCCAUCCCUCUGGCCCUUCAACCACUGUCUCCACCACCAAGCUCACAAAGUUUCUGAACCGUCCACGUCUCCUUGGAGAGUAGAAUCUACUGAGCUAGAUUUGGGGGAAAGGCUGUACCUACUAAGAGAGUACUGAGUGUACACUACCUAUUGUACAUAAGGUACUGGGGCCCUAGUAAUACCAUGGUUAGCAAGAGAAAACAGUCCCUACCUCAUGGAACUUUGAGGGUUGUGUGAAAGAUUAAUAUCAUUACAUAAAUAAAAUUGUUUAAAUGCUA